CUCCAAACAACUGGUUAAUAUUCCUCUCAAGCAUUCAUCCAUACAGUUGAAGCUUAUUCCCAGAAUUUCAUGGUGAUCAUGGGGAUCAAAGAAGAGAAGAGAUACGGGUUGUUGCAGGCAUGCCAGGACUCAGAGUAUGUGAAGAACGUGUAUGGCGGCUACUUCAACGUGUUUAUGGCAGCCUUGCGAGAAGAAGGAAGUGGGGAGAGAUGGGACUUGUUUAGGGUUGUUAAUGGAGAGUUCCCAGACAUGAAUGAGCUCGAAAGCUAUCAUGGCUUUGUGGUGAGUGGCAGCCCUCAUGAUGCCAAUGGCAAUGACUGCUGGAUUCUCAAGCUUUGCUUUCUCCUGCAAACCCUGGAUUCCAUGAGAAAGAAAGUUCUUGGCAUUUGCUUUGGCCACCAGGUCCUAAGUAGAGCACUGGGUGGAAAAGUGGGAAGGACCUACAGUGGUUGGGACAUUGGGUUGAGAAGUGUGAAAAUAGUGAAGAGUUUCUCCCCCUGUGCCUUUCUUGAAGGCCUGGAUGAAACCCCUCCUGCCCUUUCCAUCAUUGAGUGCCACCAAGAUGAGGUUUUGGAGGUUCCAGUGGGGGCAGAAGUAAGAGCAUAUUCAGACAAAACAGGAGUGGAGAUGUUCAGCAUUGCAGAUCAUAUUCUGGGGAUUCAAGGCCAUCCUGAGUACACCAAGGACAUUCUUCAUCAUCUCAUCGAUCGUCUCCUCACUAAUGACUGCAUUGAGAAAGGAUUCGCCCAAGACGCCAAGUCCAAAUUGGAGACAGCUGAACCAGACAGGAAACGCUGGGAAAGGAUAUGCAAGAAGUUUCUCAAGGGCACAUAAACACAAGCCAUAUACCUAUACAUACAUACAUAUGCAUAUUCUCUUGUUCAUCAAUUACUGUUGUUUGUUGGUAAUAAAGUCUUGUUUUUUCUUUGGAGCUA